AUGGAUCUCAGCUUCCUGUACGAGGCCACUCUGGUGCAAAUCAUUGUAGCCGCAUUCACAGCCUACAUAGUCCUCGGAAGCAUAUACAGGCUCUAUAUCCAUCCCCUCAGUCAAAUCCCGGGGCCGAAACUCGCAGCACUUACCUGGUGGUACGAAGUCUACUACGAUGUGAUCCAACCUGGACAAUACAACUUCAAGAUCCAGAAACUCCACAAAAAAUAUGGCCCUAUUCUGCGAGUCAAUCCCGAAGAAGUACACAUUGGAGAUCCGGACUUCUUAGGAGAAAUCUACAAUGCUCGGAAACGCGAUAAACCACCAGAGCCCAGCUUAGAUAUUGCAGGCUCGGUUGCUGGAACAGAUGAUUGGGACUUGCAUAAGAAGCGGAGGCAGGCGAUGACGAGUUUCUUUAGUCCGAAGGCUGUCAGAGAGCUGGAGCCACUGCUUGCGAGGAAGAGGGACAAGCUGGUGAAAGUGGUUGAGAAGAAGGCAAAGGAUGACAAUGCAGUUCCGUUGAACCUUUCGGACCUGUAUUUCGCAUACUGCUGGGAUCUGAUUCAGGAAUAUGCUUUCGCUUUCGACUCUACAGUUCUGCGAGACGAUCUGAGCGAGGCUGCACAAUUGCGAGCAAAUUCCCAAGAUUUGCUAUUGCAAGUCAACUUCACUCGGCAUUUUGGCUGGAUCAACUCCUUAGCAGCGUACCUUCCGGCCAGCAUCGGAGAGAAGUUGAUACCGCCCGGAGUCAUGGACCUCAAGCGGGUGGCGGCUCGAGUUGCAAAGACUGUACAGUCCGUGGUGCAGGACAAAACGACCACCAAAGAAGAGAUACAAAACUCGAAUCAGCAUCGAAGCAUCUUCUACACGAUCCGAGAUGAUGAGCAAUUGCCAGAUGUCGAGAAGGAACCACUUCGGCUGAGCCGAGAAGGCAACUUUCUUGUCGUAGCAGCCAGCGACUCACCGGCGCGGGCCAUUCAUAUCACACAUUUCUAUCUCAUGUAUGAGCCCAAGUGCAUGCAGAAGCUGCGAGAUGAGUUGCGUCCUUUGGGCCCGACUCCCAGCAUGGAGCAGUUGACGGAACUGCCUUACCUGAACGCAGUCUUCCUCGAAGGAACACGACUCAUGUUCGGCCUAGCCAGGAGAAUAUUUCGCGUGGCUCCUGACGACCCAAUCGUGUAUGGCAAGUACGUUAUACCGGCAGGAAUCAAUGUUGCGACGUCUACGUACUGUGUGCACAGCGAUGAGAGAAUUUUUCCCGAACCGUUCAAGUUCAGACCCGAGAGAUGGCUAGGGUCGAAUGCCAAAGAACUCCGCAGCAAGUAUCAUAUGACGUUUGGUUCAAAGAGUCCGCGAUCUUGUUUGGGAAUACAUCUUGCAGAGGCGGAAAUGAAGUUUGCGAUAGCAGCAGUCGUCCGGUUCGAGAUGGAGUUGUUCGAGACCGGAUUGAAGGAUGUGGAGUACAGGCAUGACUUUCAAAUGGCUCAUGGCGACCUCAAUAGCAAAGGUGUUCGGGCUAUAGUCAAGAAUAGCCUCUGGUGA